AUCUAGAAUCACAUUCUAAUUAUGAAUCAGAUUUUCAGAUAGAUAGUAGUACAAAUACAUCUGAUGAUGAACUGUUAACAGAUUCUAAUUCGGUGUCAAACAAUGAGUUAAGCAAAGAUGAUAAUACUGCAAUCCAAUUACCUCCCAGUUUUUCAGAAGCUUUAAGACUGCUGGAAAUCAAAGCUCAUUCUAAUAUGACGGAUGAUAUGUAUAGCAAAAUUAUAGAUGCUUUUAGUGUGCAAAAUGUAUCUUUAUAUCGUGCCACUAAGAAAUUAUCAAGUCUG